AUGGCCGAUGCAAGAAAUAUCAAUGAUGAUAAUGAUGAUAACAAUGAUGCGGCUAGACAAGAAGCAUUCGAGAACAGAGUUACAGAAGUAGCGGAAGGGGUUAUACAAGCCAAUCUUCCACGGUUGGCUCAAGAAGUAGAAAGCCGAGUUCUAGGGGUUGUGGAUGCUAUGAUGACUAAUAAGUUCGAAGAGUUGAAGGAAUUAAUCGAAGGAUCCAAGAGUAAAGGUAAGGAACGAAGGUGCACUUACAAGGAUUUUAUGGCAUGCCAUCCGAUGACGUAUGACGGUAAAAUUGACCCAGUCGAAUGUCAAAGAUGGGUCUCGAAUAUAGAGGCGGUGUUUAUACGAAGCCGGUGCGAUAAGGAGGACCAAGUGAUGUUCGCUACCGGUUUACUAACCCAUCAAGCGAAAGAUUGGUGGGAUGCGCACAGCAAGGAAAUAGGCGAAGAUAGGCUGCAAGCUAUGACUUGGCAAGAGUUCAAGGGGCCCUUCAUGAGAUAUCAUUGUCCUCAGUCGGCGAUCGACAAGAUUCAGGAGGAUUUCUUACGCCUCCGGCAGAAAAACGAAUCAGUGAAUGAAAUAGCAAACAAUUUUAUGGAUAAGAUGAAGUUCUGUGGAGAAUUGGUAACAACCGAGAGGAUGAAGAUAAGUCGCUUCUAUGGCGUGUUAAAAGCAGAAGAGCGAGGUGAAAAGAGGCCGAGUGAAAAAGGUGCAAGUUUUAGUCCAUCCAAAAAGGGGAAGUUUCAGGAUCAAGGAAGAAAGGGUAAGUCGAAAGGUGGGAUUACACCAUGCAAGACAUGUGGAAAGCUCCAUACCGGAGAGUGUUUGCUAGGUAAGAAGGGGUGCUUUAAAUGUGGUAAGGAGGGGCAUUCGUCCUAUCAAUGCCUGGAUAACCCAAAGACUUGUUUCAACUGUUUCGAAAAAGGGCAUAUCAAGUCGGAAUGCCCAAAGCUUCAACAAGGGUCAAAGAAAGAAGAUAGGAAGCAAGAGGGUUCUAGGGCAAAGGGGAGAAUGUUUCAGAUCACGUCUGAAGAAGCCAAGUCCCAGCCAAAUAUGGUCUCAGGCGUGAAAGAAGAAGGUACAAGCACUAAGCAAGCGGAAGGAGCACAAGAUCGAGGUAAAGCACCUCUAUAGGCGAUUUGGAGUUAUGGGACGAGCACAUGUUCAAGCCUUAUAAUACCAAGCGCUUCCGCAACUCAUAUGCAUACUUUUGGGUCCAUGUUUUGCCACUUUGUUAGACUUUGUUGAAAUGUUUUAGAUUUAAAAACUCGUUACUUUUGUUGGAAUGGUUUUAUGUAAAUUGGGUCGUAGGUAAACGUUGUAUGUUAUGUAAAAACAGGGGGUAUGUCCGUUUUACAAACGGGUCAUGCCCAAUUUUUGUAAAAAUUUCUUUAAGCGUCAAA